UUCUCCCCAUCUUCUUUGGGCUUGCCACUUCAAUAGGUACACCUGCACAGGAGAGAUCCACCAAUAUCAUUAUCGACCUUGAUAUCUGGCAUUUUGACGUGUAUCAGCAGAUACAAAAUAUUUUUAUCCGUAAUGUUUUGUGUUCAAUAGCAGAGCAGAGGACGGCAAUGAUGUUAUUGUGUGCUGUGGCGCCAUCUUGUGGACGAGUUGACUCACUGCAGUUUUAUCUGCCCUCAGAUGUAUUUCAUUAUUUCUUUACAUACACUGUAAACUACAAAAAACGUACAUUUUGCGGUUAAAAAAAGGCAGCGCAGUUGCUAAAAUGUACCACAAUCACGCAUGUUAUUUCACCCUCUUUUUUUUAUCUCUGUAAAAAUAUAAAAAUACAAUUAUUUAUUUUUUCCGACCUACAAUGUGUUAAAAUCUUGAUCUGUCUCUGCCAUAACGACGGUUUUCCCGUAAAGAGUGCGGUUUUUGAUCAUCCCGUGGUAAAAACUAUGCUUUUCCAAUAAAAGUUAUGAAGUUAAAAAUGGAAUCUACGAGCGAAACAACUCCACCGACAGGGGGCGACCUAAACAUCAUUGAUGAUUGGUUGCGCUACGUAGAAGAACAUCCAUGAUUGAUUGGUUGGUUGUUUACUAUGAUGACUCACCAUUGGUCAAGAUUAAGGCCAAACAUUAGGGCAGGCCAAUCAGACGCAAGAUAGGGCGGGUCAUGGAACCAGAACGUGAAAUCACAAUUGGAGAAGAGAAGAAUAUUGAUUUAAAUAUGUACACCAUUACUGCAACCACCCGCCUGUCACAACCAGGAACAUAUAUAUAUGCAGAGGUGUGGACUCGAGUCACAUGACUUGGACUCGAGUCAGACUCGAGCCAUGAAUUUGAUGACUUUAGACUCGACUUGACAAAAUGUAAAGAGACUUGCAACUCGACUUAGACUUUAACAUCAAUGACUUGUGACUUCACUUGGACUUGAGCCUUUUGACUUGACAUGACUUGCUACUUUCCCCAAAACCCAAAGCUUAAAAAGUUAUUUGGGAGCGCUCCGUAUCUUUCAUUUUAUACGUCUGUGUCUAUCAGCGUGUGUGCUGCGUGUCAGCUGGUGCGCUGUCAGUACAACAGCCAAUCAAAUUAGUUAUACGUUGUUUUCAUCACACAGCAUUCAUCCAAUCAAAUUGCAGGACAACCACCGAACAAGAGUUGUCAAACAAUGCGGCAGAGAGAAACAAUUAUGCCGAAGUUGGUUUCGUUCGGGUAUAAAAACUACGACUUGGUCAACAAAAAACGAAUUGCGUAUGCAAAUCACGCAGUUCGAAUAUUACAGACGGAGACGCAACAACUUCCAACUUCGUUCGACAUUUGAAGUUGCACAAAGAAGGGUAAGUUUUGAAUGUAAGAUAACGUUUAUUGGCUAAGUAACAUGACUUUUAUUUGCUGCGUAGUUAAAUCAGUGAGGCUGUAAACUCACUGCUAACGUUAUAACCAUAGACAUCUUAUAAGUAGACGCAGCAUCGAGCGCUACUGCCUACUGGCGCAGACGAGACGCGGGGCCGCCAUCUUGAAGUGGUGAUCCGCUCCACUCAGUGCAAUUGAUUUGGCAGGAGCAAUGAACUGUCAGCGCAUUUAAUUCAUUUUACCUCACUGAAUACCACUGAUUUUCACGCGGUUUUUUGUCAUACGUGUAGCUAUGAUAACGGACACAUGUUUUGGCGAGUUUUAUUAUUCAUAGUUUGCUUAACAGUAAUAUAAUAUUCUUAUACGCUAUAAGUGACCAGACGUCCGAGAUCAAAACUGGGAAUAUAAUCCCAGAGAAGGGGGAAAAAACGGUAAGCUAUUUUUAAAUUGAAGAAACAAUAUGAUUAGGUUAUAUAUACAUGCGUAUAUACUACAUAAACAAUGUAUGAAUACAUUAGAUAUCUAUAUAUCUUAGGGACCUAUAGACUGUAUCUCUGUUGCUGCAGCAGCAGAGAGUUUAUUCUGUCUUGACACUUUGUAUUGAUAUUUUGUAUUACAUUCUUCCCUUAAAUGAUCAUGUUUACAGUGAUUGUUAUGUAUGUAUUUUUUAUGUAUGUCGCUUUGGAUAAAAGCGUCUGCCAAAUACUUAAACAUAUAUAAACACCUGAAAGUCAUUAUACCAGCUAAAACCACCAAUUUGUUUCACUGGAUUCAGAAUAAAACCAAAUGCUGUUUUACCCAACAAUGUUAGUAUUUGAAUAUUGUUACUUGAAGACUUAUUCCUGGUUACAAUUAUACUGUUAAGAAAGUAUUGUCUUAUAUUUUGCCUAAAAUGAGAAUGCAUCAUAAUCAGUGGUGGCUGGUGAAUUUAGUUUUAGGUGGGGCUGAAAGUUUGUAAACCAAACCCCUGUAGGGGCGUCAUCCUCCCCCAGAAGAUUUAUUUGUGAUUCUCACAUACAAAUAUUGAAGAUCUUUGCUCCUUCUCAAAUCUGUGGUAAUAUUAUUUUCAUAAAAUACAACCAAUAGUAUGUUAAUGUUUGUUUUUGCAAAUGUGUUUAUUCUGUAAAGGAAUGAGUUAAAUGUUUAAAAUUGUUUAAACUACUGAAAUGACUGGUUAAUAGUGCUAUUAUGAAUUGCAAUGUCAGCACUAUUUUUUUUCCUGCAAUUUCAAAUGCACUUGUUUUAAUAAAUAAAUACAGCGUUUUAGAAGCAUACACAAUCUGUGUAAAAAUAUUAGUCUCGAAACUCAAAAUGCAGGACUUGGGACUCGACUUGAGACUUUCCAGUCUUGACUUUGGACUUGACUCUGGACUUGCCUGUCUUGACUCGGGACUUGACUCGAGACUUGAGGGCAAAGACUUGAGACUUACUUGUGACUUGCAAAGCAAUGACUUGGUCCCACCUCUGUAUAUAUGUGUAUAUAUAUGUAUGUAUAUGGCGACGCUGAGAUCAUUAUUCAUGCGUUCGUUACGUCUCGUCUCGAUUACUGUAACGUAUUAUUUUCGGGUCUCCCUAUGUCUAGCAUUAAAAGAUUACAGUUGGUACAAAAUGCGGCUGCAAGGCUUUUGACAAAAACAAGAAAGUUUGAUCAUAUUACGCCUAUACUGGCUCACCUGCACUGGCUUCCUGUGCACUUAAGAUGCGACUUUAAGGUUUUACUACUUACGUAUAAAAUACUACACGGUUUAGCUCCAGCCUAUCUCGCCGAUUGUAUUGUACCAUAUGUCCCGACAAGAAAUCUGCGUUCAAAGAACUCCGGCUUAUUAGUGAUUCCCAGAGCCAAAAAAAAGUCUGCGGGCUAUAGAGCGUUUUCGAUUCGGGCUCCAGUACUCUGGAAUGCCCUCCCGGUAACAGUUAGAGAUGCUACCUCAGUAGAAGCAUUUAAGUCCCAUCUUAAAACUCAUUUGUAUAAUCUAGCCUUUAAAUAGACCCCCCUUUUUUAGACCAGUUGAUCUGCCGUUUCUUUUCUUCUCUCCUCUUCUCCCCUGUCCCUUGCGAGGGGGAGUUGCAUAGGUCCGGUGGCCAUGGAUGAAGUGCUGGCUGUCCAGAGUCGGGACCCCGGGUGGACCACUAGCCUCUGCAUCGGUUGGGGACAUCUCUGCGCUGCUGACCCGUCUCCGCUCGGGAUGGUUUCCUGUUGGCCCCGCUGUGGACUGGACUCCCGCUGAUGUGUUGGAUCCACUGUGGACUGGACUUUCACAAUGUUAUGUCAGACCCACUCGACAUCCAUUGCUUUCGGUCUCCCCUAGAGAGGGGGGGGGGUUACCCACAUAUACGGUCCUCUCCAAGGUUUCUCAUAGUCAUUCACCGACGUCCCACUGGGGGAAACAACUACACUAAAAUGUAAGAUAAAAGAGCAAACAAGUGGGAGUGUAAUGAGGAACAUGUCAUAAUUAGAAUAUUUUAGUCACCUAAGACACAACGUUUUGUCUUUCAAUACAUUUGUUGUUGGAAGUGUGGACCAGCUGAGUGUUUAUAUACAUCUUCAAAGAUGGAAGGAAUAUGGGCCAGGAAGGACUGAAGAGCAGCACUUGUUGGUGAGAAGGACUGAAGAGCAGGAAGGUGUGUGAGAAGGACUGAAGAGCAGCACUUGUUGGUGAGAAGGACUGAAGAGAGGAAGGUGUGUGAGAAGGACUGAAGAGCAGGAAGGUGUGUGAGAAGGACUGAAGAGCAGCACUUGUUGGUGAGAAGGACUGAAGAGAGGAAGGUGUGUGAGAAGGACUGAAGAGCAGCACUUGUUGGUGAGAAGGACUGAAGAGAGGAAGGUGUGUGAGAAGGACUGAAGAGCAGCACUUGUUGGUGAGAAGGACUGAAGAGAGGAAGGUGUGUGAGAAGGACUGAAGAGCAGCACUUGUUGGUGAGAAGGACUGAAGAGAGGAAGGUGUGUGAGAAGGACUGAAGAGAGGAAGGUGUGGUGAAGGUCUCCUCUUAUCCCAUUAGAGGGUUAAGUCUACUUUUGGCUCCUGCCAAGAUCAAGAGGAUUAUGAAGUUCCUGGCUCAGUCAGUCCUGUUGGGUCUCUCCUGAGAAAUGGGCGCCCACGGUUCCAACCUGGAAGACAUCCUGGAGGAGGACAUGCACCACUGGUACACCAAGUUCAUGAAGGAGUCUCCCUCGGGCCUCAUCACGCUCUUUGAGCUCAAGACCAUGCUGGACAUGACCGGCAUGACGCAGGAGGCCAGCGGCUACGUGGACCAGGUCUUCUUCACCUUCGACAUGGACGGGGACGGCUACAUCAACUUUGUGGAGUACAUCGCCGCCAUCAGUCUCCUGCUCAAAGGAGAAGUCAACCAGAAGCUCAAGUGGUACUUCAAGCUCUUCGACCAGGACGGCAACGGCAAAAUAGACAAGGACGAGAUGGAGACCAUCUUUAAGGCCAUACAAGACAUCACCAGGAUCUACGACAUUCCUCCUGAACAAAUCGUCACGCUCAUAUACGAAAAGAUCGACGUGAACGGAGAAGGAGAGUUAAAGCCUCCCGCUGUGUGUCCUAGGAGAGUUGACCUUGGAGGAGUUCAUCAGUGGCGCCAGGCAGCACGCUGACAUCAUGGAGAUGCUCACCAAGAUGAUGGACCUCACCCACGUGCUGGAGAUCAUCAUCAUGGGACAGCAGAAUCACAACUUGGCCACAAAGUGACACACACCUUCUGUCGCAGGACGGACACGUCGCCGUGGAAACUUUCUGGCUGACGGCGGUCUUGUGGAGCUUCUUGGGCCACAAGGGGAAGACUAGAUGUCUACCGGGUUGGACGUUAUGCAACCAAAACACACGUUGAAGAUGGCAGGUGUUCCAAAGUCUCCUGGAUGGUGUUGCUACACUUCAAUAUUGACAUCAUGGAUGGUGUCGCUACACUUCAGUAUUGACAUCAUGUGUUUGUAGCCUGAUGAUGUGACACAAGAUGGCAGAAGUAGUUUGGUGUAUUUGGGAUGACCAUAUCAAUGUACUGUAUGUUGAUCUUUUAAUUAAGUGUCCGCUGCUUAGCCUCUUUCUCUA